AUGAGCACAUCUAAAGAAUUCCGGUUGGUCGUGGUUGGACCCCCAGUAGUGGGUAAAUCUGCGCUUACUAUACGUCUUACGCAGUCCGAGUUCGCCAACGAGUACGAUCCUACCAUUGAAGACUCAUACAGACAUUACUGUGAGAUCAAUGGUGUCCAAUCAUCGUUGGAUAUUCUUGAUACUGCAGGGCAAGAGGAAUAUUCGUCGAUGCGUGACUUGUAUAUGAAGACAGGUGAAGGCUUUUUACUAGUGUUCAGUUUAGUGGACCGUCAUUCGUUUGAGGAAAUCAGCACUUUCUAUAACCAGAUUAUGCGGGUUAAAGGAGAACUAGUAAGCUUUGUUCCAUUGAUGCUUGUUGGAAACAAGAACGACCUCGAGAACGAAAGACAGGUGUCUAAAGAGGAGGCUAUUUCGUUGGCCAAGAAAUUCAAUGCAUCGUACAUUGAGACAUCUGCCAAGACAGGAGAGAAUGUCGUUGAGGCUUUCCAUGGCCUUGUGAAGGUAAUCAUGCAUAAUUCUGUACUUGGUGCUGGACUCGCCGGUACUUUGUAUCCUAAUUUGAAGGAGGAAAGGGAAGCACAGGCUCGAGAGAUUGCGGAGCAGAAGAAGAAGCAGAAGGCAGGCAGAAAGAAUGACAAUUCGGGAAGUACGGCCGGUUCUGGAGGAAACGAUGAUGCAGGAAAUGGCAAUCAAAGAGUUGGAAGUAGUACGAGAGGUGCGCAAGGUAACAAAAGUGGUGGAAAGAGAGCUAGAAGUAGCGAACAACCUGAAAGUAAGGAGGGUGGAGGUUGUUGCUUGAUCGUGUAA